AUGGAAUUCUCAACAAGAAGUUGUGAACAGUAUGAGCUUCCUGAGUGGCUGCUGCUAGAAGUUCUUUUAAGACUUCCGGUGAAAUCGAUCUUGAGAUUCAAAUGUGUGUGCAAGGACUGGCUCUCUCUCAUUUCUGAUCCUUCUUUUAUUCGCUCCUAUAAUUCUCAAAGAAUGAGUGACCCAUCUCCAUCCUUCGGAAUCAUUUAUAGGUACAUAUAUGCGUCGGAGUUUCAAAAAGUGCUCAAUCGUCUGUGUCCUCCUGAUGUGUACAAAUCAAAAAAAUUAUCUUUUUCGUGUCUUUAUUCUUCUCGAGAAGAAACUGAAGCUAAACUCUUUAAGGUCUUAGCUGCAAGCAACGGGUUGGUUUUGUGCUGUUCUUUGGAUUCACAGACUCACUAUGUGGGUGAUCUGGUCACAGGGCAUUGGGUUACUCUGCCCGGAGCAAACAGCGAUUAUAUGAGCGCAGGGAUUGUUAACCAAGUGAAUGAGGAAAAUGUGGUUACAAGUUACACGGUGGUGUGUAUUAAACAGCAGCAAUAUUGGUCUGAAUUGUUCAAAUUGGCAAUCUUUCUUCAAACACUGGUGAAUGGACGUUGA